AUGCUUACAAGUCGGCAAACGAUCCCUCCAUCUCGAUCGCAUUUGGUCUCUUCCACGGGUACAGCAAAAAGGACUGGGCGAGAGAGGAGGGUAAACCUUCUGGUUCUCAACCAGCUGUCCGUUCCCGCUGCGGGGUCUGAGGCGUCCGGGGACGGCGGUUUGACGCGCGGUUGGUUCCCUCUGCCGCAGGAGGAGGCGGAGGAGGACGCGCGGCUCAGCCCGGAAGAGCAGCAGCGGCGGCUGAGGGCCAUUGUGAAGAAGAUCGACUCGGACGCGGACGGCCUCCUCACCAAGGAGGAGCUGAGUUCCUGGAUACAGCAGUCUUUUAAACAUUAUGUUACGCAAGAAGCUAAGCAACACUUCAAUGACUAUGACAAAGAUGGUGAUGGAUUGGUGUCUUGGAAGGAGUAUAAUAUGCAAAUGUAUGAUCGUGUAAUUGAUUUUGAUGAGAACACUGUCCUGGAGGAUCAAGAAGAAGAAUCAUUUCGACAGGAGAAAAAGCGUUUUGAAAAAGCUAAUAGAGAUGAUGUUCCUGAUCUAAAUGUGGAUGAAUUUGUUGCUUUUGAACAUCCUGAGGAAGUGGAGUAUAUGACGGACUUUGUCAUUCAGGAGGCUUUAGAAGAACAUGAUAAAGACGGUGAUGGAUUUGUUAGCCUGGAAGAAUUCCUUGGUGAUUACAGAAGAGACCCAACUGCAAGGGAAGAUCCAGAGUGGAUACUUGUUGAGAAGGAUCGGUUUGUGAAUGACUAUGACAAGGAUAGUGACGGAAAACUCGACCCUCAAGAGCUCUUGUCUUGGAUAGUACCUAAUAAUCAAGGUAUUGCACAAGAGGAGGCUCUUCACCUUAUUGAAGAAAUGGAUUUGAAUGACGAUAAAAAGCUUUCUGAAGCAGAAAUUCUUAAGAACCAGGAUUUGUUUCUCAACAGUGAAGCAACGGAUUAUGGUAGGCAGCUUCAUGAUGAACGCUUCUACCAUGAAGAACUUUAGAUUAUUUAUUUUGUAAUCUGUUUUUCUUCCCUUUCUUUCAUUUGGAGCUUUUGUUAAAAGCACCCAUCAGCUAUGUUGCCAGUUCUAUGCUGUAAUUACAGUACACUAAUGUUUGUGUAAAUAAUUUGCAUUGAAAAUUUAAUUGCCAUCCUGCAGACUUCCUUGAGCCUCUUCUAGCUUCAAAAUUAAUCUUAAAUACUUACUUCCAAAAUUAUAAAGCGUUGGGAAAAAAAUUACUUCGGGGUAGUACUGUGUUGUGAAGAGUUGUUCUACUGUACUUGAAGAAAAUGGAGAAUCUAAAUGAUUCUGAAAGAAUGCAAAACAUAGUGACUGAGACUACUGUUUUUUCUAAUGAGUUUAAUUAGGGCGGGGAGUGGGGAAGAUGGGGCGGGAUGUUUAGAGUCAGUAUUAACUGUGUUUUAUUUAAUACAUUUGGAGAAACACUUAGAUUAAUGCCUCAAUUGUUUAAGAGGUUUCUACUUAAUUUUAAAUGGUUUCUAUACUGUGUUUUACUGUAUCAUAAACUUGCUAUUUUUACAUCUAUAGACUACUGUUUUUAAUGUACAAUUCUACAGCAUUAGCAAUACAAUGGUAUUUUACAGUGUUAAGACCCUCUUCAUUUGUUGGAUUAAAACUUUAAAUAUUCU